AUGACGACCGCUGUGGCAUCGCCCCCUAGUUUCCCAAAUAUCUCCAGGCUCAAUUGGAAUGGUCUAAGCGGCACAGGAGGAGGGUUUUCUGCAAUGAGCACUGACGAAGUGUCUCGGAUGUUUUUACCCCAGCGCAAGACUGUGCAGAGGAGCAAUUCGUCUUCAUCACUUUCAUCCACAAGUUCUUCUGGGUCAACAGUCACCCUUACCCAGAACGACGGGUCGUCAGAACCCGCACAUGGACCAAAGAAAAAGGCAAGAGGAGGGUUUUGGCCUGUCUCGAAAUCGGAAUCGACAGCGAGCGUCUCCAAUGCCCGGGCAAAUGGGUCGCUUCAGACAGCCAUUGGCAACUCCUUGGUAGGAAAGAGCCCAGUGCAGCCAGCACUGCCCAAUCAAAGUCCUACGGCUCAGGUGAAUGGGACAAGAGUCGUAAAUGGAGCGGUCACUGGCGAGCCAGCGGCGAUCUUGGCGCUGUUACCCAUGAAUGGCACGUUCGAGAGGAAACAAAUCAAUCUCCCCUUCUAUCCAGAAGUCCUUCGCAUCGGCCGACAAACAAAUGCAAAGACUGUUCCGACUCCGGUGAACGGAUAUUUCGACUCCAAGGUCCUGUCACGACAACACGCCGAAGUGUGGGCGGACCGAAGUGGUAAGGUGUUCAUCAGAGACGUCAAGUCAUCAAACGGCACGUUUGUCAACGGACAGCGACUCUCACCGGAGAAUCGAGAAUCCGAGCCUCAUGAACUCCGCCAACACGACACACUAGAACUAGGUAUCGAUAUCGUGAGUGAAGAUCAAAAGACCAUUGUCCACCAUAAAGUCUCAGCCAAGGUUGAGUAUGUGGGCCUGCCUGGGACGACCAACAAUGUCCUCGAUCUUACCUUUGGCGACCUGGAUCCCUCUCACGGUGGUGCGCUAUUACCAUCGCCUGUAAGUUCACCCAUGCUUCACAGUCGAAGCCGGCCCGGAGGACCGACCACAAAUGGACGGACCUCAGCACCUUCAAGCGUUGCAGGCAGCCAGAUAAGUUCGAUUGCUCAGCAACGGAUGAAUAUGUGGGGUACCACACCGUUGAAUGUGGAACAACUGGUCAAGACAGUUGCCAUGGAGAUGCGGGCAGCAAGACAACAGGCGGAUGAACUCGACCAGGCUGGCGCUUUUCUGAACUCACUGUUGACACCUGGGGUUGAACCUCCUCGGCUUAAUGCCUCGUACAAAGAAGGUGUUCCUCAACGCCAAUCUAACGGACGUGUUAAAGGGUCCAAGAUGGAGCAUAUGGCUCGCUUCGCCGAUCCCCCAGCACCCCCGCCACAACAACCGCUUCCAGAGAAGCCAGACAGCUCGAAGGCAAGUCCCGUCGCAACAUCGUUCACAAAUCUCCUGAAACGUGGCGAAACUGCCAAACAACCCAACAAUACUUCACACUCUCCCACAAAUGCUCAAAACAGCCAGAUGAUGUCUCUGAUUGAGGCGCUGUCCAUCGCGAAAAAGGAACUCGACUCUCAGGGAGCUCGAGUGAAGCAAUUGGAGGAUAUGCUCAAGCAGGAACGGUCAGCGAGAGAGGAUGCCGAGGAACGAGCACGAAAGCUCGAACAACACGCGGCAUCGCGACCAGUCUCAGCCGUUGAAGAGGAAUCAGAGACACCAACAGACUCCACCCACGACACAAAGGCUGUCGAGGAAGAAGCAGGGCAUGACGCGGACGGCGAGCUUGAUGCAAGGACGAAGAGUCUGCAGCAGAAUCUGGACCAAGUUCUGGGAGAGAUGCAGAGACUGAAAGCAGACGUGGACCAAUUUCAGCGUCGCGCAGAGACAGCGGAAGCCGAUGCCGCCAACGCCCGGAAAAGCCUCGCCGAGAUGAUUGACAAGAUCCGAGAAGAGAAUGAGAAAGCAGAAUUAUCGGCAAGGAAGUCUCGUGAGCGGCAAUCACAUGUCCAGGCUGAUGAGAGCGCCGAGGGGACUGGAGGGGAGGAGGUGGAGCCGAGCUCGACGGGCAUGGUCAAGUCGGUCGUACAAGCAAAUGGCCACGUCCGCGCACCGAGGCUACCUGAGCAUCUUGAGCGAGCCGUGGCAACAGUUCUACGGGACAAAAGCGCCAACCCAGAUGCCCUUGCUCAAUCAGCACCGUAUGUGUCGAUGCUGGGGGUAGUCCUGAUUGGAGUUGGAUUAAUGGCGUAUCUCAACUCCUGGCAGAAGUCGGAGAGGUGA